AAUGAUAUACAGACGACAUAUCGGUCUUUACAAAUACUCAAAAAAGUGUUGAUGCUUUCUAUAGUAAAUUACAACCAACCAAACAGAAAUUUUAGACAUUUUAUUUAUGUGUAUUCAGUUUAAUAUCACUGAAAUAGUGUUCAAAAAGCACAGAUUUCUUUCAAUCAAAUAGAGAAGAUCUAUCUGAAAAGUGUUGUCGAUUUAUGGAAGUGUUUCGUGCUCAAGAAAAACUUACAAUCUGCAUAAUCAGCUGUCAAUGAGAUAGAUCAUCUGUCCCUGUAAAUAUAAAAGCUAAGACAAUCACAACACGUUUUAAUCGGAUACAUGUAAAUAAUGAAGUAAACAACCACGUUACGAUGUGACCCUGAGAGCGCCCACGACGGCCAGCUUUCUCGAGGCAGAUAUGGGGUAAUAACCUAACAGGAGUGAGGCUGGAUACGCUAUGGCUGGCGGGCCGUGAGGCGACCGCACGAGUGUCACGAACGGAUCAUCGUCAACCGGUACACCAUGUCGGGCGACCAGCCGUUCCCGCACAAGACAGUCAGUCCCCUGAAGUGCAAUGAAAAACCGUGGGACCAGUGGACCAGUGAGAUCGGGUAUGAGUCGCCGCGACGGGAUGAUGAGUUCACGCCGCAGCCAGCUGAGGGCAAGAGCAGCGCCUCCUCACGCCGGCCCCCUGAUCACCAUCCGUACAAGACGCCGGAGCGGGCGCGCCAGCGUCGCGCGCGGCUCAACCGACUCAAGUACCAGUCCAUGAGCCUGCACGGUGUGUUCCCGCAGAUGGACAACCUUAACGCGGUCGUGUGUCAUAUGUGUGGUGCCGUGGUGAAGUGCAGUGCGGCCUAUAGACAUUUGAUUGAAUCGCACUCUGGUACGGAGCCCUUGUUGCCGCCACCGCCGCCCGUUUCCACAGUCCGCAGUCGCAGCCGGCAUAAAAAGGAAACACCGCCUCCCCCGCCGCCGGAGCCCAUCAAAAUGGAGACGUCUCCGGUGCACACCGCCACCGCGCCGCUCUCGAGGAUAGUGCUUCCACAGCCGGAAAUGCAGUACCUGGAGGAGCCGAGCACUUCUGCCGCCGUCACUGGCGAGGUGCAGGUGUGCAUGGAGAGCGGCGAGCUACCCGUUGUUAGUAUACAGGACACCGAGGAUUUGCCGCUCGGCGAGCAUAUUACCGACGACAUAUUCGCCAUAAUGAAUUCUGAGGGAAUCCAAAGUGCCGAAGACAUCACAAACGCUGCCGACUGGAAAAACAUUAUCAGGGACAUCGGUAACAUGCAGGAAAUCAACUUCCCGGUGAAUGAUCCGGUGCAGGCUCAGGACUUGUACGGCGCGCCGCUGCCCGCGUACUCGAUGACGGACACGGAUCUGUCGAGCAUGCAAUUUGCGCCGCCGAGCACGUCGCCGUUGCUACUGCCCGCGCCCGCACCCGAGCCCGCUCCGCCCGUCGCCAAGCCGCCCGCAGCACCCACCGCGUCUACCUCCAAAGCGGCGGCGCGAUCCAAAACGAGCAAAAGUAAAUUUAACCUACGCGAGUACGAUCCGAACAAACACUGUGGCGUAGUCACUGUCGAGAAUCCUAAGCCUUGCACGCGCUCGCUCACGUGUAAGGCCCACGCUCUGUCACUGCGGCGGACCGUCGAAGGCCGCUCGAAGCCCUUCGACACGCUGCUGGCGGAGCAUCGCGCUUCGCGAGACGCGGGUGCCGCCGCGCCACACGCUGCUGCCUCACACCUCGCGCACACUGCACACCCUGCGCCGCACCCCGCCGCCGCUGCUCCACUCAACCUCCCACCGCUGCUAGUCAACACGUCGCUGGAUCUGAGCGCGUUCAACGGUCUCACGGAUCAACAACAGGUCAAUGACAUUUAUAAGAGCCUGUUGGAAGAUCCGGAUUCGGUGCUGCCGGACGCGUCCACUAUCACAUCACUGCUGGUCCCGCCAUUGCCGAACGAACCGUUCCUGCUGCCGGAGGAAGCGCAGCCGACGACAGACACGUCGAUGUUGCACGCCAUGUCUCCGGCGGAGCACGCGGCGCCACCCGACGAGCGCGCGGACGAGGGCCCGCCGACGCUGGUGCCCACCGACGUGUACUGGUACGCGGCGUGUCCGCGGCCGCUCGCGUUGUGCACCUUCAACGCAUCACACUCGGGCGGCGCAGUCACACUAGGUAAAAAGUUCGCAACGGUCCGAAGCAAUAUAAAGUCGUCGUUGACGAGAUCUCAGUGCAAAUCUACGGGCGGCUCGAACAGUUACUACUACGGACAGAACUCGUUGUCCUUGUCCAAAACGGUGCAUAUGAACGCCAGUAAAUGUAGCAAGCCUGAAGUGCGAAAACUGAUAGUGACGUGUAGUGGCGUGAGCGGCGGCAGCGGCGGCGCGGCCGUGGCGAACAUGUCGAGCGGCGGCAGCAAGGAGGUGCAGCAGGCGCUGAGCGAGCUGUUCGGCACGCCGCGGCACGCGCUGAACGGUCACGUGGGGCACGCGGUCAAGCUCGCCAAGCGGCCGCCGCCCGCGCCCGCCGUGCUCGACCUCGGCUUCGCGCUCGACGCCGCGCUGCUCGCCGACGAGAAGUGCUGAGCCCCACCUGAACAUAAGCAAUCACCGGUUGUGUACUCGCAUUCUAACUGUAUAUUUAUUUCCUGUAAAGAUCGGACUCCUGUACGAAGCCGUUGAUGGCCGCGACUCGGUCCCGACUAGGGAUCGAAGUUACGAUGACAUUAAAUCUCAUUUUUUGCUGAGACGCGAACUAAUGUUUGUAUUAUUUUGUAUAUUAUUUAUAAGAUUUUUUUAAAUCGUUCGUCCGAUGCGCGAGUCGGCAUGUGUCAAUGGAGAAUUAAAAAUAGAUUAUUACAGAAUGGUUGUAUUUUUUCGAAAUGACAUAUUACUCGUUGUUGAUACUAAAUUGAUAAAUGGCCUAGGAUUAAUGAAUGGUUUAAUGUGAUGAAAAUUUCCAUGUAAAAAUAUAAAUAUUAUUAAAAAUAAGUAUAUCAGUAAUAGUGAAUCGCCUCCUUUUGAAAAUAAAGGCAAAUACCUCAAUAACUAAA